AUGGACGCAUUAGCAGACGAUCUCAAGAACAAGGCAGGCCUCACCAACGGUGCCGCAGAGAAGGGCACAAAGGAAGCGGACACCGCCGAUAAAAAAUCGAAGACGAAAGCUUCUGUAGAAGGUGGUGAAGCACAAACUGGCAAGAACGGCACCGCAGAGGCAGAAGGGGAUGACGACGAGGAGGAGGAAGAGGAGGAAGAAGCCAACGGGGCACCAACUGCAACGGCGAGCAAGAAAAAGAAGAAGAAAAAGAACAACAAGAAAAAGAAAAAGACUCAGACCGAACCCCCCACUAUCCCCGUCUCUGUCCUCUUCCCCACCAAGAUCUAUCCCGAAGGAGAAAUCUGCGAGUACAAGGAUGACAACUUGUGGAGGACAACGGACGAGGAGAAACGCUCACUGGAGAAAAAAAACUUUGACGACUACAACGACGCCCGUCGUGCCUCAGAGGUCCACCGUCAAGUCCGUAAAUAUGCACGCAAGAACAUUAAGCCUGGGAUGACCAUGACCGAAAUUUGUGAGAUGAUUGAGAACGGAACCCGGACACUUGUCGAGGCCAAUGGAUUUGAUUCGGGGAUUGCAUUCCCGACUGGCUGUUCGUUGAAUCAUGUUGCGGCGCAUUAUUCACCUAAUGCUGGAGAUAAGAUCGUCCUGCAGUAUGGGGAUGUCUGCAAGCUCGACUUUGGCGUUCACGUCAAUGGAAGGAUCAUUGACUCUGCAUUCACGCUGACGUUCGACCCUGUGUACGACAACCUGCUGGCAGCUGUCAAGGAUGCGACAAAUACUGGAAUCAAGGCUGCUGGAAUUGACGUCCGUCUGGGCGAUAUUGGUGGCGAGAUCCAGGAAGUCAUGGAGUCCUACGAAGUUGAAAUCGGCGGCAAGACUCACCAAGUCAGAGCGAUUCGCAAUUUAACAGGACACUCGAUUGAGAGGUACAAGAUCCACGGCACAAAGGCCGUCCCUAUCGUCAACAACGGCGACCCAACAAAGAUGGAAGAAGGCGAUUAUUUUGCAAUCGAAACCUUUGGAAGUACAGGCCGUGGAAUCGUCCGGUACGAUAUGGAGACCAGCCAUUACUCGCGUGCUUACGAUAUCCCCAAGGUCCCCAUCCGCCUCCCCCGAGCCAAGACGCUCUUUGAUACCAUCAACCGUGAGUUUGGAACGCUGCCGUUCUGUAGGAGGUACUUGGACAGGUUGGGCGAGGACAAAUAUCUGUUGGCGCUGAAGAGCUUGUGUGAUUCUGGACAUGUGGACGGGCACCCUCCCCUGGUGGAUGUUAAGGGGUCGUAUACGGCGCAGUAUGAGCAUACGCUGGUCUUGAGACCUACGCGCAAAGAAGUUCUCAGUCGGGGUGAUGACUACUAG